AUGACCGAAUCAGGCUCGUCGAGCGUAGCUUCAACAAGCACGCAGCCAGCAACUCCUCAAUUUAUCCAGUCCUCUAUUCCUUUACCGUCGAAACUAGACUUCAAGGGGAACUUAGCUGUGAAUUGGAAGAAAUUUAAGCGGCUUUGGACAAACUACGAGAUCGCCUCACGGCUCAGUACGCAAAGCAGUAAUCUUCGAACAGCCACAUUGUUGACAUGUAUUGGCCCAGAUAUCCUGGAGAUUUACGAUGGUUUGCCCUUCGGAAAUGAAGAGGAGAAAACCGACAUCGACAAAGUGAUAGAGCUUCUAGACGCCUUUUUCAUCGGUGAGACGAAUGAAAUAUACGAAGCCUAUCUGUUCAAUCAGAGAGUACAGGAGGUCGGUGAGUCAUUUGAUGUUUUCCUUACAGCUUUACGUUCGUUAGCUAAAACGUGCAAUUUUGGCAUCAUGCAAGAGCGAAUGAUUAGAGACAGAGUUGUGGUAGGAAUUAGAGAUAACGCCACCCGAAAAAAGCUGCUAGCUGAGAACAAACUAACUCUUAACAAGUGUAUUGAUAUUUGCCGUGCGAGUGAAACCACAUCCAAACAACUUAAGGAGAUGUCCCAUGCGGAGGAGGUUAGCGCCGUUGCCACAGGCCACCCAAAAUCGAAGAUUGGUUUACGCCAUAAUGAAGUACGAAAUUUCAGUAAAGUUCAACGCCCCGUCCCCAACAAAGUAACAGAACCAGUUAGAUGUAAGUUCUGCCACAGAACCCAUCCUUUAAAAAAGGAACUCUGUCCAGCAUGGCAGCACAAGUGUGAUAACUGUGGUCGAAUGAACCACUUCUCAGUGGCUUGCAGAAGUCAGAAAGCUAACAAAAAGCAAACUAAGAAGUCAGUUCACAAUGUAGAACAAGAAGUUCAGGAGUUUAAUGACGAAGAUUCUGAUGAUUACUUAUUCAGUGUAGAAUCUGUGAGCGUCCUUUAUGCAAAAAACAGUCCAAAGAAGAUUUAUGCUAACAUGCGCUUGAGGGAUGAAACAGUGAAAUUCCAGUUAGACUGUGGAGCAACAGUCAAUAUCCUCCCAGCAGAUAUUUAUCAGCAGGUAUUUAACGAUCCGCGAAUGGAACGCCUUCAGCCUACUCAAACUACCCUCGUCAUGUUCAACAAAUCAGAGCUGAAACCUCUAGGAUGUACUAAGGUCGAGACCUUCAACCCCAAGAAUGGACAGUGUUUCCUCACGGAAUACACCGUCGUUCCAACAGGUCACACAGCACUCCUUGGUGCUGAAUCGGUGCAGCAGUUUGGCCUCAUAGUGAUUAACACCGAUAACAUCAUGUCUCUCUCGAAUGAGAUUCCCACACAGCCGGAUCUCGUGAGCAAAUUCGGAGAUGUCUUCUCAGGAGAAGGAAAGCUCAAAGGAAAGCUUCACCUCGAGAUUGAUAAGUCUGUAACCCCUGUGGCACUGCCAGUGAGGAAAGUCCCCUUUGCAGUAAAAGAGCCUUUAAAACAGGAACUAGAACGCUUAGUUAAGAUAGGCAUCUUGCAACCAGUAGAUGUUCCAACAGAUUGGAUUUCCUCAAUGGUGGUCAUUAAGAAGAGCAAUGGAAAGAUAAGGUUAUGUAUUGACCCAAAACCUCUGAAUAAAGCACUCAGGAGAAAUCAUUUUCCCCUUCCAGUGAUCGACGAUCUACUACCACUCCUUACAAAUGCUAAAGUCUUCAGUGUCGUCGACGCAAAGAACGGUUUUUGGCAUGUGCAGCUAGACGAUGAAAGCAGUCUUCUGACCACAUUUGGUACCCCCUGGGGAAGGUUCCGCUGGACGCGGAUGCCCUUCGGCAUAUCACCCGCUCCGGAAGAGUUUCAGAGGAGAUUGGAAUACGCCCUGGAAGGUCUUGAUGGAAUUAAGCCAAUAUUUGAUGAUAUCCUUGUUUUUGGUGUCGGAGAAACAGAAGCUGAAGCACUUUCUGACCAUGAUGCAAAGCUGACAGCAUUGUUAGAACGCUGCCGCGCUACUGGCAUUAAGUUAAACAAAGAGAAGCUUAAGCUCCGUCGCAAAGAAGUGAAGUUUAUGGGACAUGUUAUAUGUCAAGAUGGUCUUAAGCCUGACCCAGACAAGGUACAAGGUAUCAAAGAGAUGCCAACCCCGACAAGCAAACAAGAUCUCAAGAGACUUCUCGGCAUGGUAAAUUACCUCCAGAAGUUUGCUCCUAACCUGUCAGAAGUUACAUCCCCAAUGAGAGACCUUUUGAAAGAAGGGAACCAGUUCCGUUGGGAUGAGCAAGUACAAGGUUGUAGUUUCAAGCGAGUUAAGGAGAUACUCUCAGCUGCCCCUGUCCUCAAGUAUUUUAACCCCAAAGACGACGUGGAAUUGCAGUGUGAUGCAUCAGACCGAGGACUUGGUGCAUGUCUAAUGCAAGGAGGCCAGCCCGUGGCUUAUGUAUCUCGUUCCAUGACAGAAACAGAAGUGAACUAUGCCCAGAUAGAGAAAGAGAUGCUUGCAAUACUUUUCGGAGUAGAACGUUUUGAGCAGUUUGUAUAUGGUCGACCUGUCAAGAUCCAAACUGACCACAAACCCUUGGAGAGCAUCUUCCGUAAAAGUCUACUCAGUGCGCCUAAACGUCUCCAGCGAAUGUUGCUAAGAUUGCAGAAGUUUGACCUUCAAGUGUCUUACAAAAAAGGGACUGAAAUGUAUCUGGCAGAUACACUGAGCAGAGCAUACAGAGUGCGCAAGAGCACAAAAGAAGAUGUAGCAGAAGAUGUUAUGUACAUAGAGGACAUGAGAGGAGACACUGAAAGAGAGCUAGAGCACAUCAAUAUGAUACAAUACUUGCCAGUAUCGGAACCAACGCUGAUUGCCAUUCAGCAAGCAACAGAAUCCGAUCCUACCCUGAGAGAGCUGAAGAAAACAAUCAGGCAAGGUUGGCCAGCUACCAAAGCUGGGGUAUCAGCAAACAUCAGUGGUUACUUUACAUUUCGGGACGAACUGUCUUUACAGAAUGGACUGGUCUUCAAAGGUGAAAGACUAGUUAUCCCUAUGAGCGUGAAAGCUGACAUGUUGGCUAAGAUCCACCGGAGCCACAUCGGCAUCCAAGGCUGUCUCAGAAGAGCAAGAGAAGUAGUUUACUGGCCUGGGAUGAACAAAGAUGUCGAAGAUUAUGUAGCAAAGUGUGCCAUUUGCAACAGCCAGCCUGUCGAGCAAGGAAAAGAGCCAAUGAUUUGUCACGAACUGCCUAGUAGACCCUGGGAGAAAAUCGCAGUUGAUCUUUUUGAUCUGAACGGUGUAGAUUUCAUGGUGACCGUUGACUACUAUUCAAGCUUCUUUGAAGUCGACAGAAUGACAAGCAAGACAGCAGACGAAGUUGUGAAGAAGUUGAAAGCCCAUCUUGCCCGCCAUGGAAUUCCCGACCAGCUUGUAUCGGAUAAUGGACAGCCCUUUUCUUCCGCAAAGUUCCAACAGUUCGCAGACACUUAUGGUUUUGAACAUAUAACAAGCUCUCCAACAUAUCCUCAGUCCAACGGCAAAGUCGAGAACACGGUGAAGACAGCAAAACAUCUGCUAGAGAAAGCCGUCAAGUCCGAACAAGACCCAUAUCUUGCCCUGCUGGACUGGAGAAAUACUCCCACAGAAACACUCAACUCGUCACCUGUUCAGCGAUUAUUCGGUAGAAGAACAAAGACUCCACUCCCAACCUCAAACCAAUUGCUCAAGCCGAAGCUACCAGAGGAGGUUGAUCAGAAGUUGAAGCUACAAAAGGCUAAACAAUCCCUGUACUACAAUCAAGGCGCCAAAGAACUGAAGGAACUGCGCCCAGGAGACACAGUGCGAUUGCAGCCACUAAAAUCCCACUUGGGAAAGAAGAAGGAUUGGACCCAAGCAAGAGUCGAAGGCAAAGUCGACAUAAGGUCCUAUCAAGUCAGAACAGAAGAUGGAAGAAUUUAUAGGAGGAACCGCAGACACCUGAGACAUACACGUGAAGUGAUGCCACACAGUGAAGAUGGGAUGAGAUUAUCCCCAAAAGCAACACCAAUUUCUGCUACUGCAAAUUCUGGUAAUGAAAUACCAUCGGUACCACCUUCCAUACCAAGUACUGCAGUCAGUAAGGACCAAUCAGACACAGUACCUUUGCAGAACACGGACAAGCCACAUCCGGAAUAUCCACCUCAGUCUGCAGCAGAUAAGCAGGAGAUUUCCCCAUCGGUGACCACCACUCGAUCUGGACGAAUUGUGCGACCACCCACACGUUACCAGUGA